AUGGGUCGCAUAAAGGCAGGUACUUUUGUGGAGCCACGCCGAGCCAAGAGAAAUGAACGUGAAAGGAACAGGGUGAAUCAGAUCAACGAUCAAUAUGAAGUGCUUCGUGAAGUGAUCGAUCGAGCCGAAUCUUACCCAUCACGACGGAGAAAGCUUACUAGGACUGAAAUUGUUUACGAAGCUAUCGCAACGAUUCGCAAUCUUGAGCGGAUGCUCGGCAUUGAGGGAAGUAGCGAGUACAAUUUACCCGACUUGCAUGAUCAUCAGUCAAAAAUGGAGACUUCAUCUUCUCCUCAUUGCUCUUCGCUUGAGGACUGGAUGUGCUCUUCUGAAUCAUCGCUUAGCUCUCCUCCGCAUGUGAAUGAAAUGAUGCCGAGCUCUCUCCAACCCCAACAAACUUCACGGAAGAUUGGAAAGAAGAGAAAGUUCAAGGCGCAGCAACAAGAAGUGGCAAUGGAAACGGCGUUUGCGGCAACAUCGGUGAUCACGGGCUGGCCCGUUUUUGACUACACAACUGGAUAUUAUGGAAGCUCUCUACUACCUUCGGGAAUUCCCGCGGAAUCGAUGCUUGUGGGAUCUCAGUCAGAAGUCCCAGCGAAAAUGGCCCGGAUGAUUAGCCCACCGGCUCCCGAAUUUCCAACGAGGUAUUAUGAGGUUACUCCAUCGCCAAGCAACAUAUUUGAUAGUCCGGAAAUGAUGCCACAGCCGGAGAUGACAAACGUUUGCAGGGUUGCGUCGCCCGUUUCCGACUUCAUCAAAUAUCCAGAAGUUGCUUCAUCGCCGCCAAGUGAUGCGGUAACAUUUGUGGAAAUGAAGCCGGCGCCUCAAACAGAGACAUCGUUAGAAAUGGCUCGGAUGGUGACACCGCCCGCUUCUCAGUUCAAAACCACGUAUUAUGCGGCUGCUUCAUCUCCAAGAAGCAAAACGGGCAACUCGGAAAUGCGUCGUCCGGCAAUGUUCAAAAUUGAGCCCACUGUAGGCUAUGAUGGUAAAACUAAUGUUGGACUGUUUGAUGAUGGCUAUUCAUUCAGCGAGCAACAUAUGGAAAUGAUGUCCUACUUCCUUGUUCGGUUUUGGUGCUUCUCUUCACCGGAUCGCGGUACGCAAGCCGCAACCGACAUCCCGACUUACUCGGCGAAUGUGAGUGUUUUUCUUUCUGAAGAGUUCUUCGAGGCCAAGCCAGCCCUUAUCAACAAGAUGACUGAGGCGUACAAAGUGGCGAGUGGAGAGAAAACACUAAUGCAUGAA